AUGAAUUCCUCGUGCUCGACGACUUUCACUUAUUGGGAUUCUGUGCAAUUUCAAGCUACUUAUUCUCACAUUCUGAUUCUAAUUACUCUUCCAAUCAAUCUAUUCGGCGGCUACUGUAUCAUCAAGAAGACUCCGCGGAAUCGCAAGACUGCCAGAUGGUAUAUACUCCAUCUUCAUGCGUGGUAAGCUCUCAAACACCUUCUGAACAAUGACGUCAUCGGUUUGGUGUGCAGGACGAUUCUGACGGACUUGCUCAUCGGCGGCCUGCUCACUCCUUACAUGUUCUUUCCGUUGCUCGUCGGAAUUCCGGCCGGAGUGCUCAGUUGGCUCUCGGUUCCCGUGUGGAUUCAGGUGUUUUUCGCGCAAGUUGGACUAGGCGGUCAGUUGGGAAAACAACGAAGAUCAGAUGAUGCACCACGUGCUGUUCUGUCCCAUGAAAACUUGUUUCGCUUUUGAAAACAAUGGGGCGCGCUUUCAGGUCUAGCCACAUCAAUUGUGAUGCUUUUCGAGAACCGGCACAACACUUUGGUUCGAGGGAAGUUCAAAAUAGAGGCCGAAUGGAUUCGCUACACUUUCUACGCGCUCAACGGCAUCUACUCGCUCCUCUUCCUCCUUCCUUGCUACUUCAGAAUCCCCGAUCCGACGUGGGCCAAGCCGAUUCUCCUAGAAGUAGUCUGUGCUCGUCGCCAACUCUCACACAAACCUCAACCUUUUCAGAUCCUGCCUUGUCCUCAUCCGUCCUAUUUCCAAGACAACGUGUUCGUAUUCUCAAUGGACAUUUCUUCGGUUACCGGCACCGCCGGCUUCUACCUCAUGUUCAUGCUAUUCGAAACGUUCGCUCUUUGCAUUCACUCCAGUUAUUUCUUGCUCAGUCUGAAGACGCACAUGUCUCGGGCGACGAGAAAAUUGCAACAAAAGUUUUUUAUCGACAUGAUCUGGCAGGUACUGUGAUAAAUAUUAGGUCAGUGACCACAUGGUAUGAGUUUGUAGGUAUCCAUUCCAGUCGGAGUCAUCGUUCUCCCGAUGCUCUACUGCUUCUACUCGAUCGUUCAACAACAGUACAACCAGAGUGAGAAUUCGCAGUGGAUCAAAUUGCAUUCUCUGCUAAUUUCAGUGUACAACAACAUCGCCGUCAUCUGCAUCUCUCUUCACGGAAUGAGCUCGACCCUCACGCUCAUUUGGCUCAAUCCGACCUAUUGUCAAUUUGCUCUUAGCGCGCUCACUUGCAUGAAGUACAAAUCGAGAACACGUGGAAACAGCACCGUCAUGACCAUGUCGCCCUUGACAAUUACCGUAGUCCAGUAGUUCGCAGCAUCAUGAAUAAACAUUUCGCUCAAUUUGAAUCUACCUCUCUCUCUCUUUCUCACUCCAACUCGGUAUUUUUGUUCUCAUCUGAAUUUACAGUCUAGACCCAAAAUUUCGAUUUCAGAGAAUGGUUCUUCCGGUGAUAGUUCGUGAAAGUGCAAAGUCCGACUAUCGAAUUGUGUUCAGAAAUACGUCGAUCUUUGUCGUGGCAGUAAAGGUUCGAGUCGAAAUGAACGUCUUCACUCACUUUGUGUCCAGAUAAUCAACCCGAAUGCGUCGCUGAGACUGGAUCGUCACGAGUGUUUCCUUCUCGCCAACAAGUACACCUUCAUCAAUGUUCUGGACACGCCUGCGAAAGCGGACGUCAAGAAGACGCCUCUGAAGCCAGUUCUCGUCUACUGCCGCGCCAUGUACCCGUUCAAUCGCAAAAAUAUCCGACAUUGGAUCGAGAACCACGUGACGGACAAACCGCAACAUCUCGUUCAGACGCUCAACUUCGCCAUCGACGAUUCCGAGUUUUCGGCGAAGACGGUAAGGGAAUCCGAUCGAUUUCCACUCAAUCUCCUUAGGUUAUUGUCGACCUGCCCGGAAAAUCGACGAUGAUCGAGUCGACUGGAUAUGCGAUCAAGAUGAACAACAGCAAAAUGCUCUUGAGAACGUUUUUGGAAAACGGUAACGGAUUACGGUAUCUACUGAAGAUUUAGCAUGCUAUAGAUACUUCUUCUGCCGUUCCGAUGGAAGCCAAAUCCGUUCUGAAAUGUCUUCCGCGAGUUGCCAAGCCGGAUAAUCGGAACACUGCGAAGCCGGUUCCAAAGGUCCCGAUUGAAAAUGAGUUAGGAGGGAAAACGGUGUAUCCCGAUUGCCCAUUUCAAUUUACAGAGACGCUUGUUUCAUUAUUCCGUUGUUCAAAGCACUCUGCAACCCAACGACUAAGGUGGAGACUGUCUGA